AUGUCCAUGAAUUCCUCAUCUUAUGGCUUUAACGUGUCGAGUGGUCCGAGUUAUCGAGACUCUUUCAGCACAGCUGUGGCCAAAAAUGUGAUUAUUCUGGCUCUUGGUCUUAUCAUCAACUAUAUCAAUGGCACCCUGAUUCACACCUUCAGAAAACACCAGAUAUUUUAUGUGAAUCCCCGUUACAUCCUAUUCAUCCACCUGGUGGUGAACGAUAUGAUCCAGCUUACUACAACAAUCUGCCUGUUUGUCUUCAGUUAUAUUUUCUACAAAAUUAAUGUUUCCCUUUGUUUCCUCAUUAUUACCUGUGCUGUCUUCACCACCCUCAACACUCCAUUAAAUUUAGCUGUCAUGGCAGUGGAGUGCUACAUUGCUAUUUGUUUACCACUGCGACACACUGACUUGUGUACAAUCAAAAGAACAUAUAUUCUGAUUGGAUGGAUUUGGGCCAUGAGUGUGGUCUCAACCCUGCCAGAUGUGUUUAUUAUUCUGGCAACAGAGCCUGUAGAGUUUUAUUAUUCCACAAUUUUUUGUGAAUUGAAUAACCUGUUCCGACACCCUAUACACCUGAAAAAGAGGGAUGUUUCCUACAUAAUUUACCUAAUUGGUGUUUGGCUCACACUCUUCUACACUUACUUCAAGAUCUUCUUUGCUGCUAUAAAAGCUAAAGCAGCUAAAUCAGCUGAUGGACAUGCAAAGAAGGCCAGGAAUACAAUCCUGCUCCAUGGUUUUCAGCUGCUGUUGUGUAUGCUAACAUAUGUAGCCCAUAUCUUAGAAAGGGCUCUGGUGUACUGGUUUCCUAAACAUUAUGUACAUUUAAUCUUUGUUAGCUAUAUCAUCAUCCAGAUCCUUCCCAGGUUUGUCAGUCCUAUUGUGUACGGGCUACGAGACAAGACAUUUAGACAGCAUUUGAAAAAGUAUCUGCUGUGUACAGUGAGAGUAAGCGUCAAACCAUGGACUGAAGCGAAACAAACUAGUUAGAUUGAAAAAUCUUUUAGUAUUUCCAUUUGUGAAUGCCACUGAGGACAAAGGUUAUGACAUUUCAGUAUGAAAGUACACUAGUACAAAUUGAGUACACAACACUGUGCUUUGCUGGAGUUUGAUGAAUUUAGAUUAUGCCCUCCUACUAUAUUAAGCACCACAAGCAUUGCAGUUUGCAAAUUCAUUGCCUUAAAAAUUUCCGGCUGUCUGAAAGCACCUUAACUCUUUACCAACUCCAAUAGAUCAUGUUGGAAAAGUCUGGGGCUCACCAAAGUCAUCAGGUUUUAUCCUCUGGGCAUAAGGGAUAUAUGUACCAAAUUAUAUGAAUCCAUCCAACAGUUGUUGAGACAUUUCACAAAAAAAUACAGUGAACCUCAAUGUGGCACUACAGGAAAAGUCAGGGGAUCACCAAAAGCAGUAGGAUUCAUCCUCUGGGGAUCAUGAAUGUGUACAAAAUUUCAAGGCAAUCCAUCAUAUAGGUGUAGAGAUAUUUUAGUCUGAGGAAAACAUUUUGGACCAGCCGACAGACCGGCCCACAUUUCCAUCAUUUGAGCCAUGCAGCUAGCAUGAAUGAUCUUUGGCUACAGACACCGUCUUGAAAAGAGCACUUUAACAGGACAACAGCUAAUUUCAUUAACAACAUUUAAGAAUAAACGGCAAUUAUUUAUAACCAGUAUGUCUCCCAUUAAGGAUUAAAGAAGAAUAUAGAGGAAAAACUGUUAUUACACUCAUUGUCCAAUUCCUGGCCACUGUGUUUUCAUUGCAAUGAAAUUGUUGUAAGAAUAUUGUAUUGUCACAAUGUCAAAGACAUAUAUCUGUUUUAGUUACUGUGUAUUAAUUGAAAUUAUGUUUGAAAUAAACAGAUAUGUAUUGUUUAAUUAAAACAGAGUGAUUUUAUGUUUCAUCUGUUUUCCAUUUGGUGAGUUUAUAAAACCUCAUUUCAGCAACGUCUUCGGUUUGGAUUAUUACAUGAAACAUUUUCCAAGCACUUAAAAUAAGCUUUACAUGCCUAAACGGUAAAAGCAAGACACACAACUUCAUUCGUAUACUCUUAUUAUUAUUGAUGUUGUUUGCUCCAACAUCCUGAACCUAUCUUCUUGAAUCUUCACU